AUGCAGGUGGCAGCAGCAGGCUUCCACGCGGAUCUGCUCAUCUACAAUGCCGGCACCGACAUUCUCGCCAACGACCCUCUCGGUAGACUUGCCGUGAGUGCCAGCACGGGUGGUGGGAGCAAGGAGGGGUGGUGGGGGCAAGGAGGAGUGGUGGGAGCAAGGAGGGACGGUGGGGGCAAGGAGGGGCGGUGGGGGCAAGGAGGGGCGGUGGGGGCAAGGAGGGGCGGUGGGGGCAAGGAGGGGCGGUGGGGGCAAGGAGGGGCGGUGGGGGCAAGGAGGGGCGGUGGGGGCAAGGAGGGGCGGUGGGGGCAAGGAGGGGCGGUGGGGGCAAGGAGGAGGGGCGGUGGGGGCAAGGAGGGGCGGUGGGGGCAAGGAGGGGCGGUGGGGGCAAGGAGGGGCGGUGGGGGCAAGGAGGGGCGGUGGGGGCAAGGAGGGGCGGUGGGGGCAAGGAGGGGCGGUGGGGGCAAGGAGGGGCGGUGGGGGCAAGGAGGGGCGGUGGGGGCAAGGAGGGGCGGUGGGGGCAAGGAGGGGCGGUGGGGGCAAGGAGGGGCGGUGGGGGCAAGGAGGGGCGGUGGGGGCAAGGAGGGGCGGUGGGGGCAAGGAGGGGCGGUGGGGGCAAGGAGGGGCGGUGGGGGCAAGGAGGGGCGGUGGGGGCAAGGAGGGGCGGUGGGGGCAAGGAGGGGCGGUGGGGGCAAGGAGGGGCGGUGGGGGCAAGGAGGGGCGGUGGGGGCAAGGAGGGGCGGUGGGGGCAAGGAGGGGCGGUGGGGGCAAGGAGGGGCGGUGGGGGCAAGGAGGGGCGGUGGGGGCAAGGAGGGGCGGUGGGGGCAAGGAGGGGCGGUGGGGGCAAGGAGGGGCGGUGGGGGCAAGGAGGGGCGGUGGGGGCAAGGAGGGGCGGUGGGGGCAAGGAGGGGCGGUGGGGGCAAGGAGGGGCGGUGGGGGCAAGGAGGGGCGGUGGGGGCAAGGAGGGGCGGUGGGGGCAAGGAGGGGCGGUGGGGGCAAGGAGGGGCGGUGGGGGCAAGGAGGGGCGGUGGGGGCAAGGAGGGGCGGUGGGGGCAAGGAGGGGCGGUGGGGGCAAGGAGGGGCGGUGGGGGCAAGGAGGGGCGGUGGGGGCAAGGAGGGGCGGUGGGGGCAAGGAGGGGCGGUGGGGGCAAGGAGGGGCGGUGGGGGCAAGGAGGGGCGGUGGGGGCAAGGAGGGGCGGUGGGGGCAAGGAGGGGCGGUGGGGGCAAGGAGGGGCGGUGGGGGCAAGGAGGGGCGGUGGGGGCAAGGAGGGGCGGUGGGGGCAAGCAAGGAUGGGGAGGUUUGGCUGCAUUUAG